AUAAUGAUAAUGAUAUGUAACUCAUUAUUGAGAACUAAAAACUGUUUUUAUUUUCCCCAAAAAUAAUGCUGGCUAGUUCGAAAAUUAAAUGAAAACUUGAAAAAUAAUUUAAAGGUUUCGAGCUCGCCUAAAACCUCACCACUACUAGUACCCUGCAGCAAAAACCACUAGCAGGAGAUAAAUCGCCGGCGUAAUACGAUGGCGGUGGCGCUACCCAUAUUUUCACUAUCAUCCGCCAUUAGAGCUUCCUCCGUGGACACUGAACAGCGUCUUCCAUACAACCGCCAGCGCACUUAUCCGAAGAAACCCGAAGCUUUGACGGCGGCAUCACCAUCCACUUCAACCCCCACGCUCGUGAAAAAAAUCGCCAAAAUAUCAAUUUCAGAUCUCCUCAAACGCAACAUCUCAAAAACUACUACUCAAGAUGGAUCUAGUGAAUCAUAUAUGGGGUAUGAGACAUGGACGCCCAAACCACCUCGAGUGGAGAAGCCUCGUUCCACUUUCAAUCCUGCAUCACUAGCUUACUUAGGCGACUGCAUCUACGAGCUCUAUGCUCGCAGGCACUUUUUGUUUCCUCCGCUGAAUAUUGAAGAAUACAAUGACCGGGUGAUGGCUGUAGUACGUUGUGAGGCCCAGGAUGCAAUGCUCCAGAAACUUACGAGUGAUAACUUCUUAUCACAGGAGGAGAGGGAUGUGCUGCGUUGGGGGAAAAAUAUUGGUUCCUCCAAAACAAGGACGAAGAAGAGAGCAGGUGUGGCAGUUUACAACAGAGCAUCUUCAUUGGAGACACUUGUAGGUUACUUGUAUCUUACAAAUGUUCAACGGCUAGAUGAGAUCAUGGAAAGAAUAGGCUUUUCUACUGAUACUUCUACCCAGUUAGAACAAGGGAAAGAAAAAGUUAACUCCAACGCCGAUCUUCCCAAGAAAUGACUUUCUCGAGAAAGGAACUCCCCUGAGGUUGCUCAUGGAGAUGCGUAAAACAAAAGCUGCAUUGCAUCAAAAGGCCAAUGAGAGAGGGAAAGUAAAGUUGGACUAUUGAAUAUGUGAUUACUGUUCCCUUGCAUUGGUUCCUAAAUAUGUGACAAAAAUGGAAGAUUAAGCUUCUUCAUUAAUCACAUGGUCGAUUGAGCUUUCCCUCAAAUGGCGUUGCGAUAGUUUUCAUAUUCUUGAUAGCGAUUACUUUGUACUGUUGUACAUAUAUCGAGAUGAUUUGUAAUAUUGUUCUAGAAUGAUCCAUGCGACAUGUGCGGGACACGACAGGAAUCUUAAAUUCACCUUGUGUUUGUAUGUCUUUAGCAGAUUGUGUGGUACUAACAAUUUCACGAGCUGCAGAUUUUGUGUGUCUGCAUUCCAGAUAA